AUGGUGAUGAAGUUGGGAGCACAAAGUCCAGUGGUGAUUUUCAGUAGAAGCACUUGUUGCAUUUCUCAUACCAUCGAAACCCUAAUUCGCAAUUUUGGAGCAAACCCUAUUGUUUAUGAGCUUGAUAGACUUCAAAAUGGGAAGGAAUUAGAGAGGGCAUUGGUUGAAUUAGGGUGUCAACAAAUUGUGCCUGUUGUGUUCAUUGGAAAUGAGUUAGUUGGAGGUUCUAAUGAAAUUAUGAGUCUCAAUAUUAGAGGCAAGCUCAAGCAAUUGCUCAUAAAGGCUAAUGCAAUUUGGGUAUAA